UGUCCUACAUUGAAGACGUCCCGGAUUUAUUUUUUCAUCCCGUUAUCAGAUUGACAUUUUCGUACUGUACGAUACUCUUCUGAAGCAUUAACAGAAAAAUGGCUAAGAAACGAGUGUUAGUGAUAGGGGCGGGUGCCAGCGGAUUAACGGCCAUCAAGUGUUGCCUUGACGAGGGACUUGAACCAGUCUGCUUCGAACGUUCUUCCUACAUGGGUGGUCUGUGGCACUACACGUCCGAGGUUGAGGAAGGACAGGCAUGCGUGAUGAAGUCAACUGUGAUAAACACGUCUAAGGAGAUGAUGUGUUACAGUGACUUCCCGAUCCCUGCUGAGUUCUCAAUCUACAUGCACAAUACCCAAGUGGACAGGUACCUGAACAUGUAUGCAGACGAAUUUGGAAUGAAAAAGUACAUCCAGUUUAAUAGGGAGGUUGUCAGUGUAAAGCCUUCGACAUCGGGCAAAGGAAAAUGGGACGUAGUGAGUAAGGCGAAGGGCUCGAGUAAUUCUGACACCCAAACGUACGAUGCUUUGCUGGUAUGCACGGGCCACCAUGCCAACAAGAACAUCCCCGAUUUUCCCGGGCUCGACAAGUUCAAAGGGGACGUCGUACACACGCACGACUUCAAGGAUCACCAUGGCUACGAAGAUAAGCGCGUCCUUGUCAUAGGGAUAGGAAACUCAGGUGGCGAUGUGACCACUGAGCUCAGCAGAAUCUCGUCUAAGGUAUAUUUGAGCACACGGUCCGGCGCGUGGAUAUUCAACAGAGUGGCGGAAGACGGGGAUCCUUGGGAUAUGCGUGCAACUACACGAUUUGAUAAGGCCAAACGAAAGACAUUGCCUUGGAACAUGCUCCAAAGUUUCUUUAUCAAGAAUCUAAAUAAAAAAUUCGACCAUGCGAAGUAUUGCCUUCAGCCAAACUUUCCUCCUUUUAGCUCCCACCCAACGAUGAAUGACGAGCUUCCAAACAGGAUUGUCAUAGGAAGCGUGGUUGUGAAAGCUAACGUCAGCCGCUUCACCGAAAAUGGGGUGGAGUUUGAAGAUGGGACGAAAGUUGAUAACAUCGAUAAAGUUGUAAUGGCCACGGGGUACAUUUUUGGGUUCCCGUUUCUUGACAAGAGUAUCACAGAGGUAAAAGAGAACAAGGUGAAUCUUUUCAAGUACAUGUUUCCGCCAGAUGAUGAGCACCACACCCUGGCGAUCAUCGGUUGCUUCCAGCCCCUCGGCGCUAUUAUGCCGCUCAGCGAAAUGCAGUGCCGUGUGGCCACGAAGGUCUUCAAGGGAGAGAUUAGCCUGCCCGACCGGUCGGCGAUGUGGGAGGACAUCCGGAACAAGCAGGUGACCAUGGCGCAGCGCUACAAGACGUCCACAAGACAUACAAUACAAGUAGAUUACGUCGAUUUCAUGGACGAACUAGCCGAACUUAUUGGAUGCAAACCAAAUCUUGGAAAACUGGUUCUUACUGACCCAAAGUUGGCUUUUGAUGUAUUUUUCGGUCCUGCGUCUCCCUACCAGUACCGCCUUCAUGGACCCGGUGCCUGGAAGCCAGCCCGGAAAUAUAUCCAGACUCAGUGGGAACGGACGUACAAGCCCCUCACUACUCGCCCAUGCAAAGCGAACAAGGCAGGGAGCUUCGGUCCAAUGACCAUAAUGGUCGUUUUGAUAAUUGCUUUCGUUGCUUACUUUUUGGCGUUCUAGGAGAUAUGAACGGAUUAUAAGUAUCUUCCAUGGCCGAUAGUGUAAGAUUGGAUAUUCCGACCCGAGCGUAGGGUGUUUUGCGGAAACGAGGUUAACCGAGUUUCCGCAAAACACCCUGCGCGAGGGUCGGGAUGAACCUAACUUACACGAGCGGCUAUGGUAGAUAGUUUUCUCCCACCUCUGUUAAACAAAAUUAAGUAAAAAUGUAUUUUUUUGCCGGAACUCUGUUGUGCUUAGUAAAAAUAAUUGCGUACGGAUUUGCAAUAAUUCGUGGUUGUCAUGGAUAUUCGCGCAGUGAUUCAGAGUACAUAAAUGGUCUGAUCGGUCUUUAAAUAGUUCUAAGAAGAGUGAAGCAUUAUUUCUUGAAAGGUGCGUGAAAACUGUUUUCUGGUGACAUUUGAAGCGAGAAAUAAUUAACUCGCGUUCUAAAUAUUGCCACCAGACAAUGUUUCCGUGAUGCGCUACAGACGACAGUCUUCAAAAAGGGAGGUAAUUACAAUGUGGUGACCAUUAAAAGAAGUUCCAUACGGGCAUUUUAUCUUCGCCCGUGGGCAAGAUAAGAAUUUCUAGCAUGGUCAAAUUAAUGGAUCUACUUAUCUGAGGUGGGAGAAAACACAUUCUGUGUUUAGCGUCCUAUGGACACCUAUGUGUAUUAUUAAAUAAAAAGUGAAACUCCAGUUUGAAAACGUUAAAGCUGCACUUUCACAUAUGAACCAUUUUUACAAUUUUUUUUAUUUUUUGUC